UGUCUCCCUUGAGCAUGCUUUGUUUCUUCGAACUUCGAAGUCGAGAAGCUUCUUCUUCCUUGUUUACACUGACGACUGGUCUUCACCGCACCGACAGCACUUUACGAUUAAAAAAUAAAAUGGCUUCAGAACUUUUAACUUGCUACAAUAAAGGCUGUGGACAAAAAUUCAAAACUGAGGACAACGCUGAAUCUGCAUGUGAAUAUCACCCUGGCGGACCUAUAUUCCACGAUGCCCUCAAGGGAUGGUCAUGUUGCAAAAAGCGUGUCUCUGACUUCACUGAAUUUUUGAAUAUCAAGGGAUGCACAAGAGGAUUUCAUUGUGAUGUGAAACCCCCUGAACCACAAAAGCCAGAGAAAUCAAAAGUAGAGGACUCUAUGAUACAGCUUGAGGUGAAACCACAACACCGUCAUCCGAAUCCCAUCCCAGAGGAGCGACCUUCUGCUGAUGAACCAAUUCUCCCCCUCAAGACAACAAUAGGAGCUUCUCUUAAAGCACUGUUGGAAAAGUUGAGUUUGAAAGAUACUGAGGAAGUUAAAGAAAAUGCAGCUACAGAAGGUGCAGUCAAGCUUGGAACAUCAUGUCACAAUAAAGGAUGUAAAGCGUCAUAUCAAGGAGAACAAAGUAACCAGGAAACGUGUGUAUAUCAUCCAGGUGUACCUAUUUUCCAUGAAGGAAUGAAGUACUGGACAUGCUGCCAAAGGAAAACAUCAGACUUUGAUGCUUUUCUGAAUCAGGAAGGCUGUGAGACGGGUUGUCAUAACUGGAUCAAACCAAAGAUGUCGGAAGAGAAGCAGGUGCGAAUGGACUGGCACCAGACUCCUUCAACUGUUUGCUUAUCCAUCUUUGCCAAAGUGGCCAUGCCAGAUCGAACAGUGGUUAAAGCCAACCGGGUAUGCUGCCAGGUUGACAUUGUCUAUGAGGGCGGGAACAACGUUUACAACAAGACAUUUAUACUGCGGGAGGCUAUAGAUCCCAAUAGGAGUGACGUGAAGCUGUUGGGAACAAAAGUGGAAAUCAAUUUGAAGAAGGCCUCAGCUUUUUCGUGGCCAUCUUUAGAACUCCCACCUCCAGCUACAUCGUCAUGAGUCCACACUGUGUUCACCAUUAAUUUAUCUUAUGUUGUAAAAAAAAAGCGUUGUUCUUGGUUUAUCUUGUUAUUGGGGUGAAGUGGAAAAGAUGAGUUUUCCCUUUUUUUCCAAGGCUGUCUUUGUUUUUUAAAUUUUUAUACAAAUGUUUCAAUUUGUUCUUGAUGGGAUAAAAGAAAAGAGAUGAGAGUUUCUUCCUAUUUUU